AUGGUCCAAGAAGCACUGGAGUGGAUCACAGACAAUGGGAUUGCUCCAAGUAGGUUCUAUGGGCACCAGGGCUCCCCGCUAGGCAGACUCCCUAGUCAGAAGGAGCUUGUGUUCUCAAGGAGAAGGUUGCAGCUGACUUCCCACAAAGAUGGCUUCUUUGAGGAGAGGACCAUCUGCCUCCACAGGGGCUUCCUGGUCCUCAACCAAGCCUUGGCCUUCCCCAACCCCACCUCCUAUAACCUGACCUGGGACAAGUCAUCUCGCAAGUCCCAGAUCCCACGUCCCCCUGUGAGCAAACUAUCUCUGGAGAAACCCCACCCCACAAGGUGGUGGCUGCUUCUCUGUGGAGCCCUCCAGGCUUGUCCCACUCAGGGCUCCAUCCUCUUGGCCCAUUUACUACCCCAGAAGUUGACAUCCCCCGGGUACCCAGAGCCAUAUCCCAAAGGCCAAGCAAGCACCACUGACAUCGAGGCUCCAGAGGGCUUUGUUGUAAAGCUGGUCUUCCAGGACUUCGACCUGGAGCCGUCCCAGGACUGUGAGCAGGACUCUGUCAUAAUCACAACCAACAGGACUACUCCAAGCCGGUUCUGUGGGCACCAGGGCUCCCUGGUGGGCAGAGAGUUUGUGUCCUCCGGAAGAAGGUUACAGCUGACAUUCUGCACAGGUGCUUCCUCAGAGGACAGUACCAUCCGCCUCCACAGGGGCUUCCUGGCCCUCUAUCAAGCCAUUAGUCCUGUCGUUAUGAACAAGAAUCAGCCCAUUGGUCAUGCUAAUUGGAGCUCCAAGGCCAUCCGCACACCUGUAGACAACUCCUCCAAGAUUCAGAGCCCGGAGCUGUACUGUCAGGAGGUACCAGUAGAAACACUCACCUGCACAACCCAGGGCACCUGGAAGGACAGGCAGACUACCCAGGAGGCUCCUCAGCGUGCACCUGUGUGUGGACGGCCAGUCACUCCCAUUCCCCAGAACCAAAAGGCCUUUGGUUCUUCCAAAGCUCAGUUGGGCAACUUCCCCUGGCAAGCUUUCACCAGUAUCUACGGUCGUGGAGGCGGGGCCCUGCUGGGCGACAGAUGGGUUCUCACUGCUGCCCACACCAUCUAUCCCAAGGACAGCAUCUCCCCCCGGAAAAAACGGAGUGUGGAUGUGUUUCUGGGACACACAAACAUAAAGGAGAUGCUGAAACUGGGAAAUCAUCCUGUCCGCCGCAUCAUUGUGCACCCAGACUACCGUCAGAACGAGUCCCACAACUUCGACGGGGACAUAGCUCUCCUGGAGCUUCAGCACAACGUACCUCUGGGCACCCACCUCCUCCCAGUCUGUCUGCCCAACAACGAGACCCUCUACCUCAGUGGCCUGUUGGGCUAUGUCAGUGGGUUUGGCAUGGAAAUGGGCUGGUUAACUACUGAGCUGAAAUAUUCAAGAUUACCCAUAGCUGAAAGGGAGUCCUGUGAAGCCUGGCUCCGAGAGAGGCAGAGGACUGAGGUGUUUUCUGACAACAUGUUCUGUGUAGGGGAUGAGAUGCAGCAGCAGAGUGUCUGCCAGGGGGACAGUGGUAGCGUCUAUGUGGUGUGGGAUGAUUGUGCCCAUCAAUGGGUGGCCACGGGCAUAGUAUCUUGGGGCAUUGGGUGUGGCAAGGGGUAUGGCUUCUACACCAAAGUGCUCAACUAUGUGGACUGGAUUAAGAGAGUGAUGGAAGAGAGGGACUGA